UAUCUGAUUGGUUGGAUUGCGUUGCGUGCUAUCUCAGACGCUAGUAGGGCUAGGAUUUCAGUGAUAAAUUUAAUUCAGUUUCUUUUUUAUUUUCUUACAAUAAAGUUGGACUCUGCUAUGCUUUGAGUAAUAGCUUAAUCAUGAAAGGUUCGCUGUGUCUAAUUUAAUUAAAGCGAUAAUUUUUAAUUGAUUGCGGUGUUGAGUUGUAGUUACCUACCCUACAGAAUAAUAAUCAACGAACUCAUUUUCACCCAUGCUAAUAACUACAUUCACUUCAAGAUGGACCGCUGGUAUUUAUUAGUGUUAACUAUCGUAUUUUCUGUAGCUAUAGUGAACAGUGCAGUUAUAUUAAAUGACGGCGAUUUAGACGAACAAGGGCUGUACAGUAAGUUAGACAAUGUUGUUAUUUUAACGCAAAGAAACUUCGAGAGAAAAGUAUACGGACAGAAACAUGCCACAAUCGUUCAGUUUUACAAUAGUUUCUGCGGACAUUGUAGAGCUUUUGCCCCUAAAUUUAAAUCUAUGGCUAUUGACUUUGCACCAUGGAAAAAUAUAAUAGUCCUGGCAGUGAUGGAUUGUUCUGUCGAAGAAAAUAAUGAAGUAUGUCGGCAGUUCGAAGUAAUGGCGUACCCGUCGCUGCGAUACCUGCAUGAACAUUAUACAAAGGCAAAUGAUAAUGUCGGUGAUCGCAUCGUAAUGACUGACACGGCAGAAAAACUUAAAGAUCAGAUUAUCACUAAGAUGCUUACAGAGCAAGCAAAAGGCAGAUUACCUUUUGCUCCUGAUUUCAAAAUCAAAACAUACCCCUCCUUUCAGUCUGCAAUGAAAGAAAAGCCAAGUGAUGUGAUUUACACAGUUCUUGUGUUUGAAAAUGACAAUUCUACUAUUGGACCCGAACUCGCAUUAGAUUUGAGUGAUUUUCCUCAUGUUCUAGUAAAAAGAGUAUAUCAAAACAGUGAGCUAGCGACAAUGGCACAAAUAAGGCACUUCCCAGCCGUUGCUAUUCUUGAAGCGAAUUCACAACCAACAGUCUUCAAUCCCAAACCUGCAUCUAAAUUUAAUUUGUUAGAAUCAGUCAAGUCAUAUCUUGCAUCCAAAAACUAUGUCUUCCCAAUUCGUGAUUUAGAAGUUACAGAUAUAAACACAAAACAAAAUGAAUUACAAAAAUAUGAUACAGUACAGUCUGAUGUAGUAUACUACAGUGAUUUAGAAAAAACAAUUAAAACAAGCUUGACAACAGAAAUCACAAGACACAGAACUGUUACUGGUGAAGCUCUCACCGCAUUAUUAAAUUAUUUAGCAGUCCUGAGAAGUGUAUUCCCGGCCCGAGGGAAUCUCAGAGAUUAUAUCGUAGAGUUGUAUGUCACACUGAGUGGGAAAAAUGAGUGGGCCGGAAGUGAAAUAUAUGAUAUUGUGAAACGCUUGGAAACCACUCAUGCACCAGUUUAUGUAACCAAUUUAGAGUAUAUCGGAUGCAAAGGCAGUCAAGCUAAAUACAGAGGUUACAGCUGCGGCCUUUGGACUUUAUUCCACACACUGACUGUGAAUGCGGCCCUUACUGCGGGCACCGAGGGCCCUGAUGUCUUGAAAGCUAUGCACGGAUAUGUCAAACACUUCUUUGGUUGUACAGAAUGCGCCCAACACUUCCAAGACAUGGCAGCUAGGAACAAAAUAUUUGAUGUCAAAGAAAACGACAAGGCCGUGCUCUGGUUGUGGAUAUCACACAAUGAAGUGAAUUUACGCUUAGCGGGAGACGUGACAGAAGAUCCGGAUCAUCCCAAGAUCCAGUACCCGAGUGUGGCGAGGUGUCUGGACUGCAGAGAUGGCAGCGGCCGCUGGAACCUGCCCGCCGUCUACCAGUACCUGUUGUCUGUUUACAAGGCGGAUAACAUUAGAGACGUGACCAGAAGACCGGGCAUAGCCUCUGCGGCGGGGCCCUUCUCCAAUUUGGACUCGGGGAUGUCUCUUCUCCAAUUUGGCCUCCUUUUGGUUCUCCACGUCUGGUCCAAAAUGGCGUCUAUGUAGGCAAAGGUUUACGUAACAUGCUGUUGCCGACGCUAUUUAGGACUCUUCUAAAUUGUCACCGAAGAAUUGCUUUUUGGAGCUUAGUCACGUAGGACUGCAAACUAAUGUCAGUGGAUUGUCAGCACCACCAUUAAAAAUCUACGUAAAUUAUGGUUCAUUACGAUCCUGGCCCGAAAUCUUAACCGCUGUGGGUAAGGUUAUUUAACGGAAUUUUAACUGGGUUAGGAAUUUUAGUCUGAAUCGGAAUAAUCGUAAAAUAUGAUGUAAAUUUAUAGAGAGUUUAAGUUCAGUCAGUAAGUUAUAUCAUGUGAUUGUUUACAACGACAUAAAUUAGUUCGAAGUAUUGGCUAAGAAUAAUUCUUGACAUUUACUGUUGUUUUAUCAUACGUGACACAUUUAUACUUCUGUUUCUUUAAAUUGCCUGAAUAUAUUAAAUAAAAAUAAUCUAAAAUAUGUGUUAUUAAAAAUGCAAUUAUCAAAUCGGCCUUUUGCAUUCCGAGGUCAAAAGUGAAAACCACCGACUGUUAUUUUGUACCACUUUUACUGCAAAUUAUCUUUUAUCCAUUAAGUAUUUUAAAGAGACACAAAACUUUUGUAAUCAAAUUCUUGAAAUAUAAACAGCUUGUUAUUUUGAAAUAAAUUAAUAAUAUUCAUAAGGUCGACAAUCCAAGUUUUUUUUAAUGAUUUUCCUAUAAUGUGUCAAAAUUUUAAAAUUUAUAAUGUUCAUCCAAUUGUUGCAAAUUCUUACCAUAUGUUAUGAUAUUGUGUAGAUCACUCCCAUAUUUGUAGGAUAUGAAGUAGAUUUCUAAUACGUGGAAAUAAUAAAUUAGGUACUGACGUAAAUUCAAUUAAGUGUACGAAGAAGCCGUAGAUAUACACAUAGCUUUACUAAAAAUGGGCCACAACAUAAUUUGAAUAGUUACCUUGAGUCUUAGCCGUGUGUAGAUACAGAUAAUAAAAUGUACUCCAUUUGCAUGUCAUUAGGGAUUUUAGUGAAGGGUUUUUGAAAUAUUUUUAAUGUCUUUUUUAUUGAGAGACGAGCAUAGCCUACGGGCGUCUGAACUAUCUUUAUUCCAAACUCUGUAAUGUGUUUUAUAAAAGUCAUAAUUUGGCUGAGUUUAUCUGCCACUAAUUGUAUUAGAAUAUAAGUAAAAGAGAUUUUGUAAAGUGAUCUCGUGGUGAAUCUAAAUUUAGAUUUAGAUAAGAUUAUUGGUACAAUUGUGAAUAGUUGUAUAAUACUUUCAUACGUGACGCACUAUCAGUGAGGUUAUUCAAUUGUAGUUUAAAUGUUUUUUGUACAAAUUUUGUGGGAGAUCGUGACUAAUUUUAUUUUCAGUUACAUAUUUCCAACAACUAUUGUCAAUUUAAAUGUGGCCCUGGCCUUUUUGGUUAAUAUUUAAUGACAUUUUGUCUUGGACCAACAGUAUCUGGUAAAUAUUAAAAAAAAUAAUUAUAAGUGUAACCUUAUUAUUUUACUGUAGAACGACAUGUUGACUGAAAAUAUGGUUACCCAGUGAUUGCCAAUUAUAAUAAUUACCCAGUCUAAGCAUUUAAGACGGCUGUAAUCUGUGAUUCAUAUUUCAUUUGAUAAAUAUAAGUUAUUUAACAUUCACAA